AGUGUGGUUUAGAGUGCAAAAUCGAGUGGUUCUUAUCCUGUCCGUCCAGACAGACUUUUUCUUUCUCUCUCUGUCUCGGUCCGGUGAAGACUUCGCGCAACCAACCUUCUUCCAUUCCCGUACGGGUUCUUUGUUUUUUUUUUUGAUGUGGAUUAAUUGCUUCGUUGGAAGUCGCGGCUGCUGGUGUUGCGACAGAUGAUGCCGUCGGGUUUGCGGUGACCGAUGCGAGCAAGCUAUGGAUUUUAUUAAAAGUCUUCUGCCGCCUUUGAGGAUGCCUAAGCUGAGAAAACUAAAACACUGGAACGGAGGCUCCAUUCUCAAUCUGAAUCAACUGACCAGUUUGGCCUCCCGCAGCAGACACGUCGGAACGGUCAUUUCCUCAACUUCCGGUAGCAUUUCGCGACCAGCACCGGUGACGGUUCCGAGUGUCGGAACCACUGCCAAGGGACACUCACGGAAACGAUCGGAGAUCUCGACCAUCUCGGCAACGGUCAAGACUACCCCCUCCGGGAACUACGGUUUGUACGCACUGAAGUGCGAUCGAAGUGCAGCAAAGCGUGGGAUUCUCUUGAGUCUUCCGAGAAGAAUUUCGACGGUCGGCAGUAGCGGUAGUAGCUUCCAUUCGGAAGUGAUGGUUCAUGAGAAGUUUUCCCCCUGCAAGCGUAAUGUGAUAGAACCGCCUCCACGGCGGAAACGGUUCCGGAAGCGACUGCAGGAACUGGAACAACACCAGCAACGCCAACCGCCAACGAUUUACCUGGGAGAUCAAAUGCUGGAGCGGAACCGCAGCGAGCUGUUCCGGAUUGCCGAGCGGGGAUCCAAGGAGAACCUGGAUCGGCGACAACAACCGUGGCUUCCGCCGUCAGCUCGGGACAUCGCUAGCGGCAGGAGAGCUCGAUCGGCGGAUAACAUAUUGACGGUGCAGCAGCAGCAGCAGCAGGGGUACGCCGCGGGAAAGGAAAGCGACAGUGACGAAGCGGAAGAACUACCGAUUAGAUCGUGGAAUGGGACACGAGGUUUUACCCGGUCCGGAUUGAAGUACAGCUCCAGUAUGGAGAGCGAUUUGGACGAUUUCGGUCGAGUUCGGAAGAUGACCCGAGGGCGGCUACGAUUGGCCAGUGAUUUUUCGAUCGAUAAUGGCUCCGAGAAGAUUGAGGUUCGUUACCAUGCCAAUGGCGGCGGCGGCGGCGGCAGUACGGAGAGUGAAGAAAUUACCCACAUGGUUCCGCUUCCGACUCGCGUAACUGCGCUACGACAGGAGAAGGUGAAGCCGAAGAGUGUUCCCAAAAGUGUGAAAGUGGAAAGACUUAUUACCCGAAAAGUUGAACCGAUCGUGAGUGCCAGGGACUGUGAAGCGGAUUUCAAACCAUUGGCAGCAGUUCUGCAGGAGACGGUCAAAAGUUCGGACCUCAAACGGAAGUGGUUCAAUGAGUUUCUAUCGGAAAGUGACGAAGAACCGGUCAAGUGCAAACAAUCGGUGCUGGCUGAAAUGCAUCAUCAGCAACACUCGAGUGAGUCUCUGUCGAAACGGUUCGCUCUGGUCGAGAAGUUUGACAAGCAGCUGGAAGCUCUGGAACGCGGUAGAGCCCGAUUUAGUUCACAGGAUUCCAUGGAAAGUGUAAAUAUUUUCAAGAAACCCAGCGCGGACUUCGACGAGUUUGACACCAUGUUCGACGGGGAUCGUAAACCACUCGAAAGCAUACGAAAAAAUGUGACCUUGAACGAUCAGAUCGUCUACAUCAACCGGAAGUCCAAUCUACGUUUCUCGUCCUCGUCGUUUGAUUCGGAAGGAAAGCCUCCGGUUCCGUCGCCGCCGCCUCCCCGUUCCCCGCCAGUGGAUCACCUGCCGACGAAGAGUACGGUUCAGAUCCAAGACGAUAAACACUUACAGCGAGUCCGAUACGUCACAUCGCCAUCACCGUCGCGAUCCUUCGACGUGGACAACAAUAAUUUAGUGCUUCCUUUAAAUGUAAUUAACAGUACUGAUGUAGGAAAAUGUUUUACCGAGCAAACCGAACCACCAAAGAUGACGAUGACGACGACGACGAAUCAAAACGGUCUCGGCUAUUAUAGAACCUAUAACCAAUCCAGUAACGACCAUAUCCCGUGUAAUCUCAAUAACAAUACUCAACCUAACUAUAGUGAACCCGGCACAGCCACAAUUGGAAGUGGAACCAGCAGCGCUAGUGAUGGCAGUGUUUUCAUCGUGGGUGAAACGUUCAAGCGUGCGACGACGGAACCGAACAUUCAACCGGAAACGGUUCCGAUCAGACGCUAUGUCAACUACAAGUUCGACGAUUUCGGUCACACCGACAACGACGGUAGUAGUAGCAGUGACGGGAAAGCCGUAGCUCCGGUGGAACCACUGGCAACACUGGUGGAACCGUUGCGAACACGGCCCCUUCGAACGUUCAACAUUUACGACUUUCACGCCGACUGCUACAACGAGGAAGGGGUCGUGAUAAUUUAGUCACCCGAUCCGCCAAUCCCUCUGCCAAUCGAGCAGCAGAUUAUGAUGUAUAAAUAUAUCGAAUUACUUACAUGCAUACAUACAAACAUACAUACAUACAUACUUACUUACAUACUUACUGGUGUAUAGAGAGAAGAAAGUGAGCAACCGGAAGCAGCAGUUCAGUCGCAAGUGUUUUAGCAAAGUAUAUCUCUUCUUAUUGAA